AGCCAAUUUCUGAGAGAGGAUAAGAAGCAAUAACCCCAAACAUGAAGAACCUGUUCUUUUUAUAUCUGACGGUGUAUUUCUACCUAGCGUUCCUGAGGAGCGCAACAGGGCACGGUCGACUAUGGGAGCCACCGGCAAGAAGCACGCUGUUCAGGAGAGGGUACAGCACCACACCCAACUACAAUGAUAAUCAGCUGUUCUGUGGGGGAUAUGCGGUUCAAUGGAUGCUGAGUGGAGGUAAAUGUGGAAUAUGUGGUGAUCCUUACAACCAAAAACAACCUAGAGAUCAUGAAGCUGGUGGGAAGUACGCUUCCGGUAUUAUAACGAGGCACUAUACAGAGGGUCAACUGAUUGACGUAGAUGUGGAGAUCACAGCCAAUCACAAAGGCUGGUUUGAAUUCCGAAUUUGCCCAAAUAACGACGUUAAGAAAGCAGCAACGCAGACCUGUUUCGAUAAUUAUUUGUUAAAAUUCGCGAACAAUGCAACAAGAUACCACAUUUCCUCGGCAGUAGGUUUGCACCAUGUCAAGCUCUACCUCCCACCGGGGCUAACAUGUACGCAGUGUAUUUUACAGUGGAGGUACCACACAGGAAACAGUUGGGGUGUUGAUCCUUCUGGAAGAGGCUGUUUAGGAUGUGGUCCUCAAGAGGAGUUUUACGGCUGCUCAGAUAUUGCAGUUGAAGGCAAGAGUAAAAUUAACCUGAGCACAACAAAAGCAACUACAAAGCCAACCACGACCACAAAAGCUACCGCAAAAACAUCGACAACCACCACAACAACACCGUCAACAACUUCAUCUACAACCACCACUACAGCAUCGACUUCUACAACAGUAGAGACAACAACGAAUCCAACCACCGCUACAAUUACAAAACCAAGCACAACAACAACACAGACAACAACACCGACAACAACAAUACCGACAACAACACAGAAACCAAAACAAACUACAAAAUCAACACCACGUUUCUCAUCUACCACUGGGUCAUCAAAUGGAAGCGGAAACCGCCUCGUAUCUAAUGGUGGGAGCGCCAAAAAGAAGUGUAGCCCAACAGACGUCUGGAAAAAGACACCUGGAAUGACGCAGUGGUGCGUUACAAACUGUCGCAUGGGAUACUGUCCCGCAUCACACUGUGUUUGUGUAUAGAUCUUAACAUGUUUGAUUGUACAGAUUCAAAACCCCCUCAUUUGUAACAAAUGAUUUUAAUUCUUAUAAAAAAAAAACCAGUUCAUUAAAACGUCAUAUAAGCUUAAGGAUGGUAUCUUUUCGUAUUUCUUAUACCGACAGAUUUUUGAUUUUCUUAAGAUUUAUAAUUGAUACUAUGUAAAUUAUCAUAACAUCAUAAAACGUUUGGUCUUAUCA